CAAUUAUUUAAUUUUUAAAUAUUAAUUGUUACUGUCACUAAUAAUUGAUGAUUAAAACUAAACAAGUAAUCAUAACGAUAUACUUUUAGAAUAUAAUCAGUGUCAUUACGUAAAUCAAUACUUUUACGUAGUUGAAAGACAAAAAAUAAUGUCUCGAUCCUUGUAUUGUUUUAUUCAAACUCGUAAUUAUUAUCUUCGAAAAACCCCAAGAGAAUGGAAACCUGACGGAAUAAAGUAUGGAAAAAUAACCUAUUAUCCUCGAAAUGCAGACCAUAAGGAUCCACCUUUCGAACCGACUAAACUUUUAAUGGUCCAACGUGUGAAACCUUACAAAGGUAAUCCUUAUUGGGAAAAAUACAUUUUAGAUGCUCUCAAACUAAAUGAAAUAGCUAGCGAUAUUGCAAUCGUCAAAAAUAUACCAGAAGUUUGCGCACAGUUGUGGAAAAUUAAGCAUUUAGUCAAAAUUACCCCAAUUUAUUUACCGGAGAAAUUGCCGGAGGAUAGUGAUUCAGUGCAAACUUGGCUUCUUGAUAAUGGAAAAUUCUUACUAGCACCCAAAGUUGAUAGUGCUCGUGAAAAAGCCACUGUAGAAUUUAUGAAUGAUCCUAAAAGACUAGAUCGUGAAACAUUGAGAACAGAAUUACGAAAAAGAUGGCAAAGGGGAUACAAUUUAUAAAUUUGAGACGUCUACUCAUGUAUAUUCUAGAAAGAUGUUGGAGCAGCAUUAAUAUAACAUGAAUAAAAUAAUAAUAUUAUUAUAAUUAAGUUUUUGGUAAAAAAUAAAAUGAUAAAUAAUCAUUAUUGAAAGGAAAUUUCAAUAAAAUGACCAAUAUAUUCAACAAAUAGUAU